AUGAAAUUCUUCUCCCUUCUGCCGCUAUGUGCGCUCCUGGCCAUCGUAGCAGGGAGUGUCAAUGGCGAUGCAGAUUUUAUGAGCGUGAGAACCGGCCUAGCAAAGGACUACAGUGGCAAGGGAGGUGAUCCAGCCGAGAAGUAUUUUCAUGAAUCCACAUUCCAUUACCACUACGAUGGGCGAUUUGCCUCGAAAACCCUCCCCCAAUCGGAGACACACCCCUACUUGACUGCUCUCAUACAGACGUACCUAUCGACCAUGCAAGAUAUCGGUGCCGAAACCUGGAUUAUGCACGGGACGCUCCUAGCAUGGUGGUGGAACCAGAAGAUCUUCCCAUGGGACAGCGACUUGGACGUCCAAGUCUCGGAAGCUACCAUUCAUUUUCUUGCCGAAUACUAUAACAUGACGGAACACCAUUUCAAACUCCCCGGAGUACCGGGCGGCCGCACAUACCUAUUAGAAAUCAACCCGCACUAUGUCAUUCGCUCUACCGAGGAUACAAAUAAUAUGAUCGAUGCGCGAUGGAUCGACACCUCGUCCGGAUUGUUCAUCGACAUCACGGCCGUGCGCAAGGAUGACGAGAAGAGAAAUGAAGGCAACCCGGGCGCCCUGAUGUGCAAGGAUGGCCACCGAUACGAUGAAAAUGAUAUCUUCCCUCUCCGUGAUAGUCGCUUCGAAAACAUCCCCGUCAAGAUCCCAUAUGAAUAUACCAAGCUCCUGCGGGAAGAAUAUGGCGCUGGAUCCAUGACGAAUACUAAAUUCGGAAAUUUUCGGUUCAAUGAAGGAACGAAGCUCUGGGAGCGAGUAAAACAUCGCAAGUUAGGUAUGGGGAGAACCCCCCCGCCGAGUCAGUGA